GAACUAGUUUAUAUCAACUCAGUUGAUGUGAUCUUACCGAUAUCAAAGGUGUUUAACAGCUGCAGUCCCGUGUACUCGUUGCAAACUGAACUUAAAUUGUGUCAAGCUCUACGCUGCUUUGCUAUGGCAAGUGGGAAUGCUUGUUGCAGCUGUCUUUAAAUUUAAAUUUGGAUGUCUUUAAAUGAAUUAAAUAUGAACAUGAAUAAUGCAGCUGGUAACCUAGCCUUUCUGCAAUUAAAUGCAAACUUUUUCAUUUUGUCUCUAUGCUUCCAGGUUUUGAUAUGCUGCAGUAUUUGUACUGACUUUGCUGUCUGGUAGGAAUGAUGGGGAACUAGAGCUCAUGACAGUUCAGUGGAGCUGUUGGCACUUUUGAUAUCUUGACAUCUUCAGUUAUCUAAAAUCAAGCCAGUCCCAGGAUAAGGACAGCAGCAGGGGAUAUAAUGCGGAAACCAGGCCCUCAAAAAGCCAUAGACUGGAAAGAUGGUAAAAAGCACAAGUACAGCCGCCCGUCAGAGUCUCCCUCCCAGUACCAAGGUCACUUCACCUGGGAGAAAUACCUGAAAGAGACAUGUGCCAUCCCAGCUCCUGCCCAUUGCUUCAAGCAGUCAUACACGCCACCUGCAAACGAAUUCAAGAUCAGCAUGAAACUAGAAGCCCAGGACCCCAGGAACACCACAUCCACUUGCAUUGCCACGGUGGUGGGUCUGACAGGCGCUCGCCUCCGCCUGCGUCUCGAUGGCAGCGAUAACAAGAAUGACUUCUGGCGGCUGGUGGACUCUGCUGAAAUCCAGCCCAUAGGAAACUGUGAGAAGAAUGGGGGGAUGCUGCAGCCUCCACUGGGCUUCCGGCUGAAUGCCUCCUCUUGGCCCAUGUUCCUUCUGAAGACUCUGAAUGGAGCAGAGAUGGCUCCUGUCCGGAUUUUUCACAAGGAACCACCAUCUCCAUCCCAAAACUUCUUCAAGACAGGUAUGAAGCUGGAGGCAGUGGACAGGAAGAACCCUCACUUCAUCUGCCCGGCCACCAUUGGGGAGGUGAGAGGUUCUGAGGUCCUCAUAACAUUUGAUGGCUGGAGAGGUGCCUUCGAUUACUGGUGCCGAUAUGAUUCCCGGGACAUCUUUCCCGUAGGCUGGUGCUCGCUGACUGGAGAUAAUCUGCAGCCUCCUGGAACAAAAGUUGUGAUUCCAAAGAGCCCUUUACCUGCCUCCGAAGUAAACUCGGAGAAACCUAGCAUGCACAGUAGCACAAAGACUGUUUUGGGGCAUCAACAAGGGCAAAGGCGUCGCAAAACAGGGAAGAAGCGUGGUCGAACGACCAAAGCGCUAAUCCAUCACCCCAUGCCUACACCCUCCAAGUCAGUGGAGCCUUUGAAAUUCCCCAGAAAGAGAGGCCCAAAGCCUGGCAGUAAGAGGAAACCUAGGACAUUGCUGAACCCAGCUCCCACUUCUCCAACAACCAGUACCCCAGAACCAGACACAAGCACUGUGCCCCAGGACGCUGCUACAAUCCCCAGCUCUGCCAUGCAGGCUCCCACAGUUUGCAUUUACUUGAACAAGAACGGCAGCACUGGGCCCCACCUAGACAAGAAGAAAGUUCAGCAGCUGCCGGAUCAUUUUGGACCAGCUCGAGCUUCUGUUGUCCUGCAGCAAGCAGUGCAGGCCUGCAUUGAUUGCGCUUAUCAUCAGAAAACAGUCUUCUCCUUCUUAAAACAAGGCCACGGGGGAGAGGUCAUCUCAGCUGUGUUUGAUCGGGAACAGCACACUCUGAACCUGCCAGCAGUAAACAGUAUCACCUACGUCCUCCGCUUCCUGGAGAAGCUCUGCCACAAUCUCCGCAGUGACAACCUCUUUGGGAACCAGCCUUUCACUCAGAACAGCCACAUGCAGCGCUCACACGAGUACGACCACGACAGGUAUCUACCAGACAGAAGCAGUUCGUUAGACGGCACUCUGCAGGGACCAGGCCGGGGUACAAAGCGAUAUUCCCAAGAUUCCCCUCCAUACAGUGCUCCUCUCUCCCCCAAGUUACCAAAGAAUGACCGUCACCCUUUGGAAGGUGAAACCUUUGUUCUGGGAGAUGGCCUCCCAGGGCCCUUGGAGCCUCGCCUGGACCCCAUGGACUCUGCCUUGAACUCUGUCAAUUCAUCCAGCCACAGCAGGAGCUCCAGAGACUAUCGCCUGCAAGGAUACAGGCACCUGCACCAACCCUCUAGCCUCACUCAGGGCAGUACCUCUGCCUUGCGUAGGCUUAGCUCUGGGGGUUCAGACAGAUACCUUGGAUCUCGGGAUGUCUCGCGGCUGAACAGCCGAGACCCCUCGUCCUGGACAGUGGAGGAGGUGAUGCAGUUCAUUCGAGAAGCAGAUCCACAGCUGGGACCCCACGCUGACCUCUUUCGAAAGCAUGAGAUCGACGGAAAAGCCCUGCUCUUGCUGCGGAGCGACAUGAUGAUGAAGUACAUGGGGCUGAAGCUGGGGCCAGCCCUAAAGCUAACCUACCACAUUGACAAGCUAAAGCAAGGCAAGUUCUGAGAGGACGCUUGGCAGGACAGAUCCUGGAAGCUCUGCUCCUGGCCACCCACACCCGCACUCACCUGCAGACAGGUACGCAUGCACACACACCCAUCCACACCGCCGAAGGACGCCUCUCCGACCCCGGCCUGCUGCAGGGACCAGCCGCCCGCCCCAGCCCCCGGCAGCCGGGCCCCACGGGCCCUGGCAAGGAGGCCGGCACUCGGCUGGCCCUGGGCUCCACACCCAGCGUGUCGUGGACAUCUGAGCACCAAGCUGGUGCCGCUCUGCAGGCUCCUGGUCCCACUGCCCUGGGACUGAGGAGCUGCUGGGCAGGAGCAGUGGCAGAGCCCUCGGGACAGGGCUUGUGCUGGCUCCUCUCCCUCUCGCUGUGCUGCAGGAGCACCCAGCCAGCCCUGCUCUCCCAGCCUUGCCUGCUCCGGGCAGCCCGCGGUGCCCAGCCCCUUGGACACUUUGUGCUUUGCUGUGCCCCCAUGGGCAGCCUGCCUGCAAGAGGGACAGCACCUGCAACCGCACUCAGCCCUCAGUAGCAUGGCAGCUGGCUUAGAGCAGCAACCACCCCACUCCCUGUCUUCCACAAGAGCCCAUCCGCCCACCCCCGGGCACCCUCACUGCCCGAGCACUGCCUGCCCCUCCCCCCCUGGCCUUCCAUGUGCUGGGGACGCUGGGCUGGUGAGGAAGGCCUUCAUAUUUAUUUCUGACUGGGGAAGCUGGGGAUGCCAUGCGGCCAAGGAGAUGGAGCGAGCCAUGGGAAAGCUGAGGAGCGUGUCUGGGUCUGGCGUACCCGUGGCAAGGAUGCAUCUGGGUCAGCAUUGGAGGCUGGCUGGAUGCUGUAGGACUCGACUGAUCCUUCUCUC